AAAUGCGUUUUGCGUCAUUUGAAGCUUCUAUGAAAUAUCAUGAAUCUCAUACCCCACUCUCAUUCUUUGAUGAUUCCAACCUAUAUACCUCGUUUCCAUUGUCUGUGUGUUAAAUUCCCUUUCCUCGAUUUCGCUGUAGACGCUUUAAACCCUCAAACCAGGGUUUAAACUUUCCAUUUUAGCACACUAUCUCUCCAGCACAUGGCCGAAUGGAUUUGCAGGACGCUGCGAGACGGCGGCUUAGAAGGGGAGCAUGCCCCCGCUCUCACCAUCAACGACUCAAUCACCUGCUCCUUAGGUUCCUUUGUCUUCGAUCACAUCCUCUCUCAGCUUUCCUCCUUCAUUCACUCCCAAAAAUCUCAAUCAAGUGGCAUUGUGUUGGUUGCAUUUUCGCGGAGUCCUUUGUACUAUGAACAAUUGCUGAAGAGCAAAGGAUACAAUGUCUCUGCAAGUACAUGGUUUAUGAUUUUGGACUGUUAUACGGAUCCUUUGGGUUGGAAGAGUAAGCUCGCGAAUAGUGGGAGAAUUGCCAACGACUCUCUUGGAUCUUCCGUGACAGUUAAAUUGUGUAAAAAUGUUAAGGACUUGGAUGAGUUAUUGUCAUUGGUUCUAAAUCGAGGAAAAGAAUUGUCGUUAGAUGGGAAAGGAAGGUUCAUGGUUGCCAUAGAUUCGGUUAGUGAGAUGCUAAGACAUGCAUCAGUUUCGUCAGUUGCGUCACUCUUAAGCGAACUUAGGAGUCAUGGCCAAGUUUCUAGCUUAUUCUGGUUAAUACAUUCGGAUCUUCAUGAGACCCGGGCUACUGCUGCUCUUGAGUAUAUAUCGUCUAUGAAGGCUACUGUAGCGGUUCAACCAAUGGAUGGACUGAGGGGAAAUUCUGCGAGCCUCUCCUUGAUGGAAAAUAACUUGAAAAGAGGAAAAUUCAGUGUGCACGUUAAACGUCGAAAUGGGCGUGUUAAAACUAUGGUUGAAGAGCUCUAUGUUGAGAAUUCAACUGUCAAUUUUACACCCUUUUCUACAGAAGGCGAAGUAAUUUCUCAAAGCCUUGUGCCUAAGGUCCAGUUCAAUUUACAGUUGUCUGAAAAGGAGCGAAAUGACCGAGCAAAAGUGGUCCUUCCAUUUGAGCACCAAGGCGAUGGCAAAAACAUUCAAAUAUAUGAUGGUAGGAAAUCUCUCAAUGAGAGCAAAGGUGACAGUGAACAAACUUGUUUUGAGAAGGAAGAUUCUGGCAGGGGGGAGAUAAUCUAUUUUCGUGAUUCAGACGACGAGAUGCCUGAUUCAGAUGAGGACCCUGAUGAUGAUUUGGAUAUAUAAUUCAGACUAGGAUAACUAGAGCCUUAAAUUCAUGAUUUGGAUAUAUAAUUCAGAUUAGGAUAAACUAGAGCCUUAAAUUGUGUGUUUUCUUCUUAUGGUGAUAUUUGAAAUCGUACUGGUUGCAGAUGCUGUAUUAGUCUAUCCACUCUUGACAUUGAAUAAUACUCCUAUAUUUAAGAUUCGAAUGCUUCUCUGUUUCGAAAAAUCCAAUCUGGAAAUAAUAUUAUGUUUGUUCCA